AUGUCGAUGUUGCAGAAGUUGCUCGACGGUCGUGUUAAUGGUGAUGUGAUGACCCAAGCCCACGAGCCUCUGAACGUGAUGGAUUCAACCACAGAUUAUUCUACGAAGACCGCGCGAGGCGUUCACCUCUCCAAGCCUCUGGCCUUCAUCAUCCUCGUCAUUUUCGGGCUGACACUUGUCACUGCAUCACUCCUAGUAUAUAACUACGCCGCUUGCCCGCGAACCGACCAAUUAGCGAACGUCACCAAGUACGAGAUCUGCCACUGUGAUCAAUCAAAGCUCUCAGUGAUACCUUUAAAAACAGAACGCCCUAAAAUCGAACCAGUAGAAACGACUACAGAGCCACCUAAAGAAAUAGUUUUAUCACCAAGCGAUCUCAGGCUACCUGAAAAUGUCAAGCCAGAACGGUAUUACUUGAAAAUCACUCCUUAUUUAAUAGAAGGAAAUUUCACAUUCGACGGCGAAAUCAGUGUAGUAUUAACUGUUUUGAAUGAGACUGAUCAAGUAGUGUUUCAUGGUGUUGAAUUGACGUUGCAUGAUGUGAAACUGUAUGGGAGGGAAGAUGGAAGACCGGUGGUGAUCACUGGAACUGAAGAGCCGUUACGUCAUUUUCACAUAGUGAGUCUGGGGCAACCUUUGGAUACUGGAAAGCAAUAUGUUUUGAAUAUAUCGUAUACUGGAAUACUGAAUGACAAUUUGCACGGAUUCUACCGAAGUUCGUACGAAGAGAAAGGUAUUAAGAGAUGGAUCGCAGUAACUCAAUUCCAGGCGAUGGACGCCCGCCGAGCGUUCCCGUGCUGGGACGAACCCGCGCUCAAGGCUCGCUUCACCAUCAGCAUAGCACGACCAUCCAAUAUGACGUCACUCUCCAAUAUGGACAUAAUUCGCAAAGAGCCGCACAAAACCUUACCUAACUACACUUGGGACCACUACUCCGAAUCCCUGCCAAUGUCAACGUACUUAGUUGCUUUUACGGUAACGGACUUCCAGAACAUGACUGAUAGGAACUUUUCGGUAUGGGCCCGGAAAGAGGCUCUGCCAUCAGCCGCCUUUGCCUUGGAGAUAGGCCCAAAGAUACUGAGGUUUCUGGAGGACUACUACAAAAUAAAGUUCCCAUUGCCCAAGAUUGAUAUGAUAGCGUUGCCAGAUUUCAAGAAUGGAGCUAUGGAGAAUUGGGGCUUGUUGACUUUUAGAGAAAUAGCAAUGCUUUAUGAGAACGGUGUGUCGGCUACGAUGGACAAGGUGCACGUGGCGACGGUGGUGGCGCAUGAGAUCGCGCAUCAGUGGUUCGGGAACCUGGUCACUCCGUCCUGGUGGAGGGACUUGUGGCUCAACGAAGGCUUCGCCACGUACGUGGAGUACGUUGCUGUGGACGCUGUGGAGAAAUCAUGGAAUAUAACAGAAAUAUGCAUUCUGGACCAAGUUCACAACGUGUUCCAGUUAGACGCUCUGAACUCUUCGCAUCAGCUGUCUGUAGACGUGACGGCUUCGGAGGAGACUGAUGCUAUUUUCGACAAAAUUUCUUAUGGGAAAGGAUCAGCUUUGCUUCGGAUGUUGAAUCACAUCUUAACAGACGAGGUCUUCAACGCCGGAGUGACGGAUUACCUCAAUGCGAAGAUGUAUGGCAACGCAGAGCAACGCGACCUCUGGAGUGCGCUCACAACCGCGGCGAGGAAGAAGGGAGACUUCGACGCUGACGUCGCGGUGGUCAUGGACUCCUGGACGCUGCAGACUGGCUUUCCGGUCCUCACAGUGUCUAGGGAUUACAAGACUGGAAGCAUAUCACUAAGCCAGGAGCGAUUCGUUCUGAUAAACGAAACGACGCAGAAGUCGCCGGUGUGGUGGAUACCGGUGUCAUACACUACGGCUUCGGAGAAGGACUUCCAUUCGACGCAGCCGCGGCUUUGGCUGAAGGGCGAGAAGGCGAUAGUCAGCAAUAUAACCGCGAAGAAGGAGGACUGGUUCAUAGCCAAUAUACAGCAAACAGGUUUGUUUUACCGAGUCAACUACGACCAGCGAAAUUGGGAGCUGCUCAUAAAGAUCCUGAAGGAUCCAAAGAGAUUCCAGGAUAUUCACAUCAUCAUCAACAGAGCUCAGAUGGUGGACGACGCGAUGAACCUGGCGUUGACUGGCAGGCUGGACUACAAGACCGCUCUAGAUGUAACGAGUUAUCUGGCGCACGAGAGAAGCUAUGUGCCGUGGAAGGCUGGACUAUCAGCUUUAGGGUACAUUGAUACGAUGCUUUAAGGAGCGAAUUAUUUGGAAUAUGGUCGCUACGUCCUCCGGCUGCUCAGUGGUGCAGUAGACGAAGUAGGAUGGGAAGUGACAGCCAACGAGAGCGUCAUCACGGCGCAGUACCGCGUGGACCUCCUCGCCUCUGCCUGCCACUUCGAGCACCCUGACUGCAUGGAGAACGCGGUCAGGAUGUACGCUAACUGGAUGCUGGCGCCUAACCCUGAUGCUUAUAAUGAGUGA